AUGAAUGUGUACUGCACCAACCGCCUUAUCGUGGCCAGCCUUGGCAUACUUGAUCAAAGUUAUUCUACGGGCUCUAUUAGCCAAGGAAAGGAUAACGACCAUAACUUGGUAAAGGACUUGCGCCUAGACCCGAAAGUCAGUGAACUGCUAAAGAAAAACACACCUGCGGAGAAAGCCUUUCUGGCUUUUGAAGUGAACAAGGCGACGGGUAACCUGUUGGAGAGUCCGCAAUGGAAGAACUGGGCCGCAUUUGUCGUCAAACGCAAUAAUAAUAAUAAUCCGGAAGGGUCACUAGCUUCAGCAAUGAUGAUUCAAUUUGGCGUCGACAAAGCGUUUGAGAUUCUAGCUGCCGCGGCGAAGAUCCCAAAGACAAAGGAAGUCGCUACGAAGCUGAAGGAGGCGAAAAUCAACGGCUGGCUCAGUCAUGGGUCCAGGCCGGAUGCAAUUUUCGAGGCGAUGAAGCUGAAUCAGAAAAUUGACAAUUUUUUUGACAGUCCUCAAUUCACUACUUGGGCCGCCUUCUUAAAGGCUGUCAACGAGAAGAAUAAGAACAAGAAAAGCAUCUCUGAACUGGAUGUUUUCAAGAAGUUUUAUGAAGAGGAUGACUUACUCAAGCUUCUGAGUUCAGCAGAUAAUAUUGACAACCCCAGGACUCAGAAAUAUCUGGACGAACUAGCGACCGGGUGGCUGGAUCAACCUAUGCAUCCGCAAAACGUCUUCAACAAGUUGAAGCUUGACGAGGCUGUGGACGAUUUACUCACCAAACCAUGGUUAAGCAACUGGGUGGAGUACAUGAAGAAGUUUAACGAGCAAUACCCGUUCGCUCAGACAAGCAUGAUCAAGUCUUUCACCAAGAGCUACGGCGACGAGAAGCUGGCUGUGAUGCUGCAAGCGGCGACAAAGGGGUCAGAUGCACACACAGCCAGGAUCGCGAAGAACUUGCAACAGGCUCAGUUCAAACAGUGGAUGAUUGGCAAACUGAAUCCAGACGACGUAUAUAAGACCGUUUUGAAGCUCGACUCGACAAGCAGCCCAAAGGCUGAAAUUUGGCGCGCAUUCUACAAUGCAUACGACACCGCGUUUCCAGGCCAGUUGUUUUCGUUUAAGCCAUAG